UGUUUUUGUUGCUAGUGGGGACUGUUGUGUUGUGAAAAUGGCGACGCCUCGUCGCACCUCUCAGCAGCAGCAGCCAAACUCCCUGCUGUCCUCCCCGCCCCGCGGCUCCUCUCUCCCCGGCAGCCCCCCUGGCUCUCCGCCGGCACCCACCAACGAUGUCACCCCGCUUCCCCAGAGAGGCGCGAUGGAGAACGCGGCUGACGGUGAGGUAACCCCUGCCUCUCCCACCACCACCUCCCCAGCUCUGGCCCUCACCGCCAGCAGCAGCAGCAGCAGCAGCACUAGCAGCAGCGCUAGCUCCCCGACCACCACCGAGGGUAGCGGGACCAGCCCCGGCUCUACGCCCGACUCGGGCAGCGGUAACCCGGGUAGCAGUAGCAGCAGUAGCAGCAGCAGCAGCGGUGGUGGUGGUGGUGGUGCAAACGGGGCUUUCAGGGAGCUGUUCGAAGCCUGUCGAAACGGGGAUGUUUCGAGGGUGAAGAAACUCGUGGAUGCGGUGAAUGUGAACGCUAAAGACAUGGCUGGACGCAAAUCUACACCCCUGCAUUUCGCUGCAGGUUUUGGCCGGAAAGAUGUGGUGGACCAUUUGCUUCAGACGGGUGCUAAUGUGCACGCAAGGGAUGAUGGGGGUCUGAUCCCGCUUCACAACGCCUGCUCGUUUGGUCACUCCGAGGUAGUGUCCUUGUUGCUGUGUCAGGGGGCCGACCCUAAUGCUCGAGACAACUGGAACUACACACCACUCCAUGAAGCUGCCAUCAAGGGCAAGAUAGAUGUCUGUAUAGUGUUACUGCAGCAUGGCGCCGACCCCAACAUCCGCAACACCGAUGGCAAGUCCGCCCUGGACCUGGCUGAACCCUCCGCCAAGGCCGUGCUCACAGGUGAAUACAAGAAGGAUGAGCUGCUGGAGGCUGCGAGGAGCGGAAACGAGGAAAAGCUAAUGGCCUUGCUCACUCCGCUCAACGUCAACUGCCACGCGAGCGACGGCCGCAAGCAGUUGACAUCCCAAAAAAUGCUGUCCACUCCACUUCACCUGGCAGCAGGAUACAACAGGGUGAGGAUAGUUCAGCUGUUACUACAGCACGGAGCAGAUGUUCAUGCCAAGGACAAAGGUGGUCUGGUGCCUCUACAUAAUGCCUGCUCCUAUGGACACUAUGAAGUUACUGAGCUGCUGCUAAAGCAUGGAGCAUGUGUGAACGCCAUGGAUCUGUGGCAGUUUACCCCACUCCAUGAAGCGGCGUCUAAAAACAGAGUGGAGGUCUGCUCCCUACUGCUGAGCCACGGGGCUGACCCGACCCUGCUCAACUGCCACAGCAAGAGCUCUGUGGACAUGGCGCCCACUCCUGAGCUGAAAGAGAGACUUACAUAUGAGUUUAAGGGCCACUCACUGCUUCAAGCUGCUCGGGAAGCUGACAUGGCCAAGGCUAAGAAAACUCUGGCACUGGAGAUCAUCAAUUUCAAACACCCUCACACACAUGAGACUGCGCUGCAUUGUGUAGUAGCAUCGCCACACCCGAAGAGGAAACAGGUGACGGAGUUGCUGUUGAGGAAAGGCGCCAACGUAAAUGAGAAGAAUAAAGAUUUCAUGACUCCUCUCCAUGUGGCAGCAGAGCGUGCUCAUAAUGACAUUAUGGAGGUGCUACAGAAACAUGGUGCCAAGGUGAACGCCCUGGACACGCUGGGUCAGACAGCUUUGCACCGCGCCGCACUGGCAGGCCACCUCCAGACCUGCAGGCUGUUGCUAGGAUACGGGGCAGACGCCUCGCUGGUGUCACUGCAGGGCUUCACUGCUGCUCAAAUGGGAAAUGAAGCUGUUCAGCAAAUACUUAACGAGAACGUACCGGUGAGAAACUCAGAUGUGGACUACAGACUUCUGGAAGCUGCUAAAGCCGGAGACCUGGACACUGUCAAGUCAUUGUGUACGGCUCAGAAUGUGAAUUGUAGAGACCUGGAGGGACGACACUCCACUCCCCUUCACUUUGCUGCUGGCUACAACAGAGUGUCGGUGGUAGAGUACCUGCUGCACCACGGAGCCGACGUGCACGCCAAGGACAAAGGUGGUCUGGUCCCCCUCCAUAACGCCUGUUCAUACGGUCACUACGAGGUGGCCGAGCUGCUGGUCAGACACGGAGCCUCGGUCAAUGUGGCUGACUUGUGGAAGUUCACGCCGCUCCACGAAGCUGCUGCCAAGGGCAAAUACGAGAUCUGCAAACUGCUGCUCAAGCACGGAGCGGACCCCACCAAGAAGAACCGAGAUGGGAACACGCCUCUGGACCUGGUAAAGGACGGGGACACCGACAUCCAGGACCUGCUGAGAGGAGACGCCGCACUGCUGGACGCCGCUAAGAAAGGCUGCCUGGCCAGGGUGCAGAAGUUAUGUAGCCCCGACAACAUCAACUGUCGGGACACGCAGGGACGCAACUCGACACCUCUGCACCUUGCAGCCGGCUAUAAUAACUUGGAGGUAGCAGAGUAUCUGUUGGAACAUGGAGCCGAUGUGAAUGCGCAGGACAAAGGAGGGCUGAUACCUUUACACAAUGCUGCUUCAUACGGGCACGUGGACAUAGCCGCCCUGCUGAUCAAGUACAACACGUGCGUCAACGCCACGGACAAGUGGGCAUUUACUCCCCUCCAUGAAGCAGCCCAGAAGGGGCGGACUCAGCUCUGUGCUCUGCUAUUGGCCCAUGGAGCCGAUCCCACCAUGAAGAACCAGGAGGGACAGACGCCGCUGGACUUGGCAACGGCUGAUGAUAUCAGAGCACUGUUGAUUGACGCCAUGCCGCCUGAUGCCCUGCCUAGCUGUUUAAAACCCCAGGCCACUGUGGUGAGCGCAAGUGUGGUGAGUACCGGUGCGGCAGGGGGUGUGGUCAUCUCUCCUUCCCCAUCCCCAUCUUGCCUGUCUGCAGCCAGCAGCAUAGACAACCUGACCACGCCCCUCAGUGACAUCACCGUGGGCGGGGCCACUGGACCAGCAGACGGAGCGUCUGGGUCUGACAGGAAAGAAGGAGAAACUCUGCUCGACAUGACCAUCAACCAGUUCUUGAAGAGUCUAGGGCUGGAACACCUCCGAGACAUCUUCCAGCGGGAACAGAUUUCGCUGGAUGUGUUGGCAGACAUGGGUCACGAGGAGCUGAAAGAGAUCGGCAUCAACGCCUACGGCCACAGACACAAACUCAUCAAGGGCAUCGAGAGGCUGCUGGGAGGCCAGCAAGGUGGGAACCCGUACCUGACGUUCCACUGCUCCAGCCAGGGCACCGUGCUGAUCGACCUGGCACCGGACGACAAGGAGUUCCAGUCUGUGGAGGAGGAACUGCAGAGCACGAUCAGAGAGCACCGCGAUGGAGGCAACGCAGGUGGAGUCUUCAGCCGGUACAACAUUAUUAAGAUUCAGAAGGUGGUGAAUAAGAAGCUACGGGAAAGAUACGCACACAGACAAAAAGAAAUUGCAGACGAGAAUCACAACCAUCACAACGAGCGAAUGCUCUUUCACGGUUCUCCCUUCAUCAACGCCAUCAUCCAUAAGGGCUUUGAUGAGCGACAUGCCUACAUCGGUGGCAUGUUCGGUGCCGGGAUCUAUUUUGCUGAGAACUCCUCCAAGAGCAACCAGUACGUGUACGGGAUUGGUGGAGGCACAGGAUGUCCCACCCACAAAGACCGCUCCUGCUACGUGUGCCACAGGCAGAUGCUGUUCUGCAGAGUGACUCUGGGUAAGUCCUUUCUGCAGUUCAGCGCCAUGAAAAUGGCCCACGCCCCCCCCGGACAUCACUCUGUUAUAGGACGACCCAGCGUCAACGGGCUGGCGUAUGCAGAGUACGUCAUCUACAGAGGGGAGCAGGCUUACCCAGAAUACUUGAUCACCUACCAGAUUGUGAAGCCAGAGAGUCUAGCCACGCCUGCUGCCACCUCCGAGCAGAAGUCCUAAAAUGCAAUCGCAGCUGGACCCUGAAGAAGGCUCCACUGCACUGGACUCACAGAGAGGACUGGAACUGAAAAAGAAGGUGUUUCAAACCUCAGACCCAAAAUAAAGGUCUCCAGAGCUGAACUCGAGGUGGGUGAGGUGAAGUGUUGAUCAGAACGACCCUCGGAAGCAAGACAUGGAUGUGUUUGCGCGGAAGAAGAGGAGGAUGAGGCAGUGUCUUUGAGUUUCGGGGGAUAAUACAUGCUCAGUGCAAAGCAGCAGACAGUAAAAACCCAUCAGAUUCUUUAAUUAAUUGGGUCUAAUUUUGCAGGAGAAAAAGAAAAUAGUUUGAUCAACUUUUCUGGAAGUGUAGCAGUAAGCUGAUUUUUUAAAUUUGCAGCUCUCUGGUUUGAUCCUAAAAACAAUUAAAGAAGCAAUUAGAACAGGACACACUCCAGAGCAAAACAAACGUCCCUGAUUUUGCACCUUUGCACUGCUUAUGUAUUCUACCCCCAGCUUUUAAUGUGUUGUUUUGAUAUCGUGUCCUCUUUCGGCUCUGCAUCAUCCACGGCAACAAAACAACACCCCGAGGCCACAUCCAGAAACAGCAAUUGUCGUGCUGAGAGAACAGAAAUCCGGCGCAUUUUAUGUUACAGCUUGUCACAUUUUCACCAAUGAAGCUCAUGUAAACAAGACGCCAGAUCCCUGUGUUCGCUCACAUCAUCUCUGCUGUAAGCAAAGAAGAAAUGAUGAAACAAGUGUGAGCAGUGAGAAGGAAAACAGAUUACAGCGGACAAAUACCCAGAAGUCACUAAGCGGUAAACAAACAGGAGAUCAGAAUCCACUGCUGCUACCGUUUCGGCUGCGGACUUUCCCACUACAGUUCGUACUGGGACCAUAUUCUACAUCUGUCAGACCAAACCAGUUCACAGUAUAUAGUUGUUUUUUUUUUGAUUACUUGGCCAGUACUUGAUAACAAUCAAGCAGCAACCACAGUAGCUGAAUGUGAUAGGCUGAGACACCUGUCAAUCAAGCCAAAAUGCCGCUCUUUGGGCCUUAAUUUUCUUUUAAUGAAAAGGUUAUUUCUAAAUUUGGUCCAGUAUGCAACUUAUACAAGUGUGAUGUAGGAAUCUGAAGCCACCAGUGUGCAGACACUGAGAAUGGAGUUUACAGUAAAGUAGGAGACAUCUUGUGUGCAGCAGGAAAACUUUAGAAAUUAACACAAUUAACAUAUUCAUAGAUUCAGGAAUUUUUAAUGAGGUGGAAAAAAUAGAGGCCUUUUUUAAAGGAUUUUAAUGAGGAAAUUAGAUUUUUUUUUAUUUGCAAAACAUAUCAGACACACAUUGUUCCAAGCAGACUGUCUGGAGGGGAUCUUUAAGUAUAAUUAAACACUGACUUUGUGUUACUACAGCAAGUUUUGAGGUUUUCCCAUUUCAGUUUAAUACUGCGUUUUAGAGUUCGUAUCUAGAGACCAUCUUAAACCAACUUCGGCCCCCGACAGUCAAACAUGGUGGUUGCUGCUUGUGUCAGCCCAGCUCAGAUUUAAACUCAGUCUUUUACCAGAACCAGGAGGACCACGAGAGACCAGACUGUGACACUGUUAAACAUGUACAAAACGCACACUGGAUUACACUUUUCCCCUUCGUUUGUAUUACAUUUCACUCAAAAGCUGCACUUGGCAACUCAGGCGACUACAAAAACAGCCAGUUGAACAUGUCAGGUGAUAUCAUUACACUGCACACAGGAAGCUCUGUGUUCAUCCACCCAGCCAGCAUUGGGAUCUUUUCUGCCAAACGGCCGAGAUAAAACAAUGAGCUUUCUCAUUCUUUGCGCUCUGCCGUUGCACAGUUUUGUUACAUCACCUCUUCAUCAUCUUUGGUGUGAGAAGUGACCAUUAACAACACAAGAAAGAAGUUCUGAUUGGAAGAAAAUGGGCCGUUACCCUCGGUACAAACACAUUGUGAUUGAUCCUGAUCUUGCCAACUGCAGCUACAACUGUGUGUUACUCAAGUACAUCUGGAGCAUCUUUUUUGUGUUGUGUUUUACUGUAUUUCACAGGGACCCACAUUUUUCCUUGUGCUGUUGUUUACAUGAACCUGCUGCCUUUUUGCCCCAUUCCUCCUUUCCCUCUCUACCUUUUAACUGUUGGCACCCCCUAGUGGUGCUACAGAGGAAUUCCUGGCUUGCAGUAUUCAGUUGAAGAGGACAAAUGUACUGUUUGUGUGUAGGGACUUGUUUCUACACAGCACUAUUUAUGUGUUUUUUCUGAAGCAUAUUCCAUUUUUUUGUUUUCUUCCUUGCAUCUUUAUACUAAUGGGUUUACACUCGUCAGACAUCGUAAGCAAAUGUGAAAAGUGAUCCUCAUUCAGCGGGCUGGUCGCAGGCUUCAGAGAGUUAUUUAUAUAAUCAGAAAUCUGCAGGUUGACUGAGGUGGAGGAUGACGAAGAGGAUGAUGAUGUUGUACAUAAAGACGAGCUAUUGCAUAUUUGUUUGCAUUAACCACGUAUGAUGACACACUAACAUCAUAACAGCAAGAUUAGCAAACUCCUCACACUACGUACUGUAAGCUUUUUUUCUUUCUUUUUACUACAUUGACCAUGUUUUUCUGUUGAUAGUUUAUUUAUGAUCAUUAUUUUCAAUUAAUGACACUGCACACCAUGUGGGACCACGCCUGAGUUCAGCUUCUGUCAUGUGGAUCAUGUCAGGUCAAGUCCAGCAGUGCUCAAGGACAAGAAAUUCCUGAAAAAAAACCUGUGGAGAACGGAGAGAGCGACGGCCUUAAAGUUUUUUUUUAGAAUAAAUAGAUUGGUUUGAAAUCACUUGGAAACUCACCAGAGAGAGACAGCUGUUACAAAAUCAAACAACUAGAGAGGGACAGGCCAUUCCAAUUUGACAAAGCUGUCCCUGUUCUUAUAUUUGAUUGCUUUGUAUGUUGACUUUGUUUGCAUCACAGUGUCUGUGAGUCAAACUCAGAUUUCAGCUGAUUUGCAUUUUCAAGGUGAAGAUGACGUUGGUCUGGGCCAAGUGCAAACAAGCAUUAAAUCUGUGUUCAGGGUGAAAUUAACCUAAAACCUUCAUGUGUUUUUCAGAAACAAAAGUUAAGUGGCAGCUCAAAAUAACAGACUAAACUAAACCUUUUUGUCUGACUGUUUUCCAAGCUGUGAAGUUUUCACAUCAGCCCUUUUCCCACACGCCCACACAUUUGAUAGCAGCGGUUCAUCCCAGUAACAAUUAGUGAUAAUAAAAAUAAUUUGAGUAGCGGCACAUUUCAGCAAAUUACAAAGUGAUUCAUUGCAGGGGAAAUGAAAAGGAAAUGAAUUAAAAGUGAAAAAUUGAAUAAGUAGACAGGAACAACUGAUGACUGAAGUAAAAAUGAUAGAAACUAAUAAGCUUGAAAUUAGAUAGUAAUGGGGAAAAAAGUUUUCAAAGGGAAAACACAACAGCACUGGGACACAGUCCAGUAUAUGUUUUUUAUUUGUUUUUAAGAUGCAUAUACCAUUACGAUGGUGAUUUUACCUGCCUGGAAGAUGUUUCUCUUACACGUGCAGUGUCCCUCAAAUGAUUGUUUUUUGCAUCAGAAGAUCUGGCAUUUGACAAACAAAGCGAGUGUACAGCUGACCAGCCAGAAUUACGUUACUGUUUUAACUCCCUCUGUGUUGUCCCUUAUCAGAGUCAGCACUGGGAAGGUUUCAGAUGAUACUGGAAUAACAUCCAGAGCAGGCGGAGUUUAUGGUGUUGACCUCAUUAAGGUCAGCAGCACCGUAUGAUUUAUUAGCAGAGAGCCGUGGGCUUUGUUUUAACUGAGACUGUACAUAAACUAACUCCAGAUGGGCCUAUUAAUUGGUCUUUUAUGGAUGAUUUUGAGUUUAUUUUUCUUGCUUUUUGUCUUUUGAAAGACGUUUUUUAUGUGACAACUAUUUGAAUUGUGUUUUAGCUGGUCUGUCUCUACUUAUCUGUCUCAAGGGCCAGUCAGCCAUCAUGUUGUAAAUAGUUUGGAGGGGUGUGUGUGUGUGUGCACCUGUUCGAGGAAUCCGUGCCUCACCCUCUGACCUGCCUUCUACCAAAAGCCACCAGUUUAACACAUUUCCUCAUCAAUAAUGUUUGACUUACGGUUGUACAGACGGUUGUACAGAGCUGCUCACCAGCUAACAUGUGGAACGGAGAAUCUCCUCACUCUUGUACAGAAGAAAAUCCUUAAUAAAAGAACUUAACAGUG